AGGGCAGUAGGUGGCGCCACAUACUUCUUCACAGAGGAGGAACUGCAGAAGAACAGCUGUUUCUCUUCCGGGUUUGUUUCUCAUCCUGUGAAACACACAACGACACUAAGGGAGGAAGAAUGUCUCUUCCCUGUGUGCGUCUCUGCUCUCGACAGAUGACCACAGGACUUCAGGUCUGUGGUUAUGCGACCGUCGGUAAAGCGUUCCGACCCCGGGAGAAAAGCAGCGGGGGUCCGGUGUUCCAGUACGUCGGGCAGCACAGGAAGCCCAACCACAAGGUGUUCGUGUGGGGCUUCAGCUUCACCGGGGCCCUGGGGCUCCCCAGCUUCGUGGUGCCGGACAGCGGCAGGAAGAACCCAAGGAAGUACCAGCUCACUCCGUAUCGCCUGGACACCGCAGAGCAGAUCUCCUCUGCUGCUUGUGGUUACGGCUUCACCAUCAUCGCCUCCUCCACCAAAGACGCGUCCAAGCUUUGGGCCAUGGGCCUGAACACGGACUCUCAGCUGGGCUUCCAGCGCACGCAGCACAGCCGCCAUCGGAGUUACGACUACGUCCUGGAGCCGUCCCCUCUGGCUCUGCCUCUCGUCGAGCCUCUACAGACCAGAGUGAUCCAGGUCGCCUGUGGCCGAGCUCAUUCCCUGGUGCUCACGGAUCAAGAGGGGGUUUUCAGUAUGGGCAACAACGCGUACGGCCAGUGUGGGAGGAGGAUAGUUGAAGAUGAAGUCUACAGCGGCAGUCACAUCAUUCACAAGAUAAAAGGCUUCGACAGCAGGGUCACCCAGGUGGCAUGUGGGCAGGACCACAGCCUCUUCCUCACCGAGACUGGGAAGGUGUUUGCGUGUGGAUGGGGGGCAGACGGACAGACGGGUUUGGGUCACCACAGCGUCAGCUCCGGGGCAGUGGAGGUGGGGGGGGAUCUGGCCGGUGUUGAGGUGCAGCAGGUCAACACGUACGGAGACUGCAGCCUGGCCGUGUCCAGAGACGGGCAGCUGUACGGCUGGGGCAACUCCGAGUACCUGCAGCUGGCCUCGGUCACGGAAGCCACACAGAUCAACUCUCCUCGGCGUCUUCCUCUGAAAGGCUGCGGGAAGGUGGUUCAGGCGGCGUGUGGCGGGACGCAGGUGGCUAUUCUCAACGAUAAGGGAGAGGUGUUUGUUUGGGGAUAUGGGAUUCUUGGAAAAGGACCACAGCUUUCAGAAUCGUCGACCCCGGAGAUGAUUCCCUCCGCGCUGUUUGGACGCUCAGAGUUCAGCCCGUCAGUCGCCGUCACCAGGAUCAGAUGCGGCCUCUCACAUUUCGCUGCAGUAACGGAUCGCGGCGAGCUCUUCGUCUGGGGGAAGAAUGUGAGAGGCUGUUUGGGCAUCGGGAGCAGAGACGACCAGUUCUUCCCGUGGAGGGUGACUGUGCCGGGUUCAGUGGUGGAUGUAGCCUGUGGUGUUGACCACAUGGUGGCGCUGGUGAAGUCCCUCCUGUGAGCUCCUGCCCAGCAGCAGCGGUGGAACAGGCUGGAUGUUGGAGUCGCGGUCGCCUCAGGGAGCCGACGGAGGGUUUGACUGUGGGGUCUCGGAGGCAGCUGCUCUCCACAGGCGACGGCCCCUCGGGCGGCUCCGUCCUGUGGUGACGUCAAGAGGCGAGUGGAGCUGUGGAUUCUACAGGGUCAGCGACGUGGUUCACUUCCUCCUGCAUGAAGGUCACACGGGACAGUUACUUAUGAACAAAUACAGCUGAAAGGAUGAUUCCAUUUACUGAUUCAUUCAUUUUUCAAAUGUGAAGUGUGAACAAAUUUAAAUUAUUCUCAUGUUUGAUCAAAUAUGUGGUCGUAGAAAAUAAAGACAUUUCAAGACUU